GCCUCAGCCAUGGCCGAGCCGCGGCUGGAGGACGUGCUGACCUGCUCCAUCUGCCUGGGGCUCUACGUGGAGCCGGUGACGCUGUCCUGCGGCCACAACUUCUGCGGGGCCUGCAUCGGGGACUGGGGACGCGGCUGCGACAAGGUGUGCCCGGAGUGCCGGAAGCCCUUCCCCGACGGCGCCGAGCUGAGCCGCAAUGUGGCGCUCAGCGCGGUGCUCGAGGCGAUGCGCGCCGGGCCCGGCCCGGACUCGGCCCCCGCCUCUGGCUCCGCCCUGGGCGCGCGCUGCCCCCGGCACGGGCGGCCGCUCGACCUCUUCUGCCGUACCGAGGCUCGCUGCAUAUGCAGCGCGUGCACCGUGAACGAGUGUCUCCUCCACGAGCGGGCGCUGCUGGACGAUGAGCGUCGGGAGCGCGAGGCCCAGCUGAGAGCCACGCUGGAGGUCGGCCAGCAGCAGGUGACGCAGGUGGAGAGGCGGCUGGAGGAGCUGCAGCGGCAAAGCGGGCAGAUCCAGACCUCGGCCUGCACCCUGGCCUCCGUGAUCUCGGGCAAGUUCCGCGGCCUGCUGCAGGCCCUGGAGAAGCGACGGGCCUCGGCACUGAAGGACAUCGAGGUGGCCGAGACCCAGGCACUAGCACAGGCCCAGGAUGCAGAACAGCGACUGCGGGGCCACCGGGAGGCCUUGGUUCGUUAUGACCGCAGGGUCCGGGACCUCCUGCAGCAGCCGGAUGACCGCACCUUCCUCCAGGAAUCACAGCUCCUGGCCCCCCCAGUGCCUCUUGGGCCUCUGACUCCUCUGAAGUGGGACGAACAUCAGCAGCUGGCCGGCCUGAAAGAGUCACUGAGCCAGCUGUGUGGCCUCCUCCUGGAGGAGGGGGACCGCCCCAGGGCACCUGCUGAGGCUGCUGAUUCAGGCCCCAUGGAGGGCCCAGGUCCCCUGGCACCAGUCCCAAGCCCAGUUUGUCCACUGAGGAGGAAACUCUGGCAGAAUUACCGCAAUCUGACCUUCGACCCGGACAGCGCCAAUCGCCACCUCUACGUAUCUCGGCAGGACCAGCAGGUAAAGCACCGUCACAAGCCCCGGGACCCGGCUGGGCCAGGCAGCUUCGAGCUCUGGCAGGUGCGGUGCACCCAGAGCUUCCAGAAUGGGCGACACUACUGGGAGGUGCACACAUCUAACCACUCGGUGACUCUGGGCGUCGCCUAUCCAGACCUGACGCGGCGCAAGCGGGGGCCCCACACGGACAACAUCGGGCGUGGGCCAAGCUCCUGGGGGCUCUGUGUUCAGGAGGACAGGGCGCAGGCCUGGCACAACGGGGAGGCCCAGCUCCUCCCAGAGGUGUCGGGGCGGCUCCUGGGCAUGGACUUGGACCUGGUUUCUGGCUGCCUCACCUUCUACAGCCUGGAGCCCAGGACCCAGCGCCUGCAUACCUUCCAUGCCAUCUUCACCCAGCCCCUCUACCCUGUCUUCUGGCUCCUGGAGGGUAGGACUUUGACCCUGUGCCAUCGGCCCGAGGCCAGGCUCCCUUCGGAGCUCCAGGAAGAGGCCUUGGAGCCCAGCUGAGGAAGGAACCGGAUGGAGCUCUGGGCCAGGAGCAGGUGCCACCAUACCUUUGUGCCCAAAACCUGCCCAGACCCUAGCUUGGGGACCUGAGGCCAUAGCGAUAAUGGGACCAGCUUUGGGUCAGAAGAUCAACUCAGAACUAGGCUGGGCCACUUGGGAAGAGAGGUUGGGAGGGAGCCCCCAACCGGAGUUCACUCUCCAGCAUCACUGAAGGACACGGGGACGAGAAAGGGACUAAAAUGGGAGGACCCUGCCCAAGCAGAGCCCACUUCUCCACGCUGCCGCGGCGUUCUGAGGCUGGCGCAGCGCCCGUGGGCUCCUGGUCCUGCAGCCGAGCACUCGCAGUCAGACCUC